AUGAUCUUUGGCUCUUUUAUUGGCUCUAGAGGAGUAUCGAGUACUGAGUUCCCAACACUGGAGAACCUUUGCAAAAGCAUCAUAAAAGAGAAGCAGCCCUUUGAAAGGCUAGAAAUCCGCAAGGAGGUCCUGCUAGACAUGUUUAAGUAUAACCCGUUUAAAUGUCGAAUCCUGAAUGAGAAAGUUGACACACCGACGACAACCGUGUACAGGUGCGGCCCGUUGAUUGAUUUGUGCAGAGGCCCUCAUGUGAGGCAUACCGGAAAAAUUAAGGCCUUGAAGAUCAUUAAGAAUUCUUCCACGUAUUGGGAGGGGAAAGCCGACAUGGAAACGCUGCAGAGGGUUUAUGGGAUAUCGUUCCCGGACAACAAAAUGAUGAAGGAGUGGGAGAAGUUCCAGGAGGAAGCCAAAAACAGAGACCACAGGAAAAUCGGCAAGGAACAAGAACUCUUUUUCUUUCAUGAUCUCAGUCCCGGAAGCUGUUUCUUCCUUCCCAGAGGUGCCUUUAUUUACAGUACGCUCAUCAGUUUUAUUAAAGAGGAAUAUCACCGGCGUGACUUCACGGAAGUGCUUUCUCCCAAUAUCUACAAUAGCAAACUUUGGGAAGUCUCCGGCCACUGGCAACACUACAGUGAAAACAUGUUCUCGUUUGAGUCCGAGAAGGAAACGUUUGCUCUUAAGCCCAUGAACUGCCCGGGACACUGCUUGAUGUUUGCUCACCGGCCCCGAUCCUGGAGGGAAAUGCCUUUGAGAUUGGCGGACUUUGGCGUUCUCCACCGGAAUGAGCUCUCGGGGACGCUGAGUGGUUUGACUCGCGUUAGGCGCUUCCAGCAAGACGACGCCCAUAUCUUUUGUGCCAUGGAGCAGAUCGAAGAAGAGAUCAAAGGUUGCCUGGACUUCUUGCAGUCCGUGUACGCCGUCUUCGGCUUCACCUUUCAACUGCAUCUCUCUACGAGGCCUGAGAACUUCCUCGGAGAAAAGGCGAUCUGGGACCAGGCGGAGAAGCAACUCCAAAACAGCUUGGAUGACUUCGGGGAGCCCUGGAAGCUAAAUACAGGAGACGGAGCAUUUUAUGGUCCCAAGAUCGAUAUUACAAUCAGGGACGCCAUUGGCCGCUACCAUCAGUGCGCGACUAUACAACUCGACUUCCAGCUACCCAUCCGAUUUAAUCUUUCUUACGUUGGCAAGGAUGGCGACGACAAGAAACGGCCGGUGAUCGUCCACCGAGCUAUUCUGGGCUCCGUGGAGCGGAUGAUAGCCAUCCUAGCUGAAAAUUACGGUGGGAAGUGGCCUUUCUGGCUGUCUCCUCGACAGGUCAUGGUGGUUCCCGUGGGGCCUACUUGUGAAGAAUACGCUCAGGAGAUCUGCAGUGACUUUUUCGAUGCCGGCUUCAUGGCUGACGUGGACCUAGACCAGAGUUGCACGUUAAACAAGAAAAUAAGAAAUGCCCAACUGGCUCAAUAUAAUUUUAUUUUCGUGGUUGGGGAAAAGGAAAAAGCAAACCGCGCCGUGAACGUCCGGACGAGAGACAACAAAAUACAUGGAGAAAUUUCAGUCCCUUCUGCCGUUGAAAAACUAAUGAAGUUGAAAGAAUCGCGGACGCUCCGUGCAGAAGAAGAAUUCUAAUCCUUGCCCACUUGAGAACGCACUUGAAUAUCAACGGGCGACUGAGCCCGUUUCCUUGGAUGUAAGCCCCGCAGAAUUCAGUGAUGCUUACUUUUGUGUAAGUAUGCAUAGGCUUGCAGCCUUGGAAUGAAGCCGUCGUCUAAUGCCGUGGUACCUCUUGCAAGCUCUUGGGACGUUCAGAAAAACAAAUCCGUAGCUGAUGCCUCUGAAAUAUUGUGAACUCCCCCCGGGACCUUAUUUAGAUGUAUCUCGGCCAACUGGCACGCAUCUGCCAAAAUGUGAACCAACUUGCAAAUCUCCUAUCUGAAAGGUAGUAAAACAAAAGUCCGUCGAUAAAUAAAAAGCUGUGAAGCUGCACAGGAAAAUUGCUUCAUGUAGUAGGACAAAACCCCCCAAGUUUCUCGUUUCAGGUGACAGAAAACUGCAGCAUUUGUGAGCCCCGUUGACAGCUGAUGUGUUCAAAAUUAUCCUCAAAAUGUGACUUUUUUUGGCCCAUGACUACUAAGUGCCCUGAGUCUGGACCAUGUUCAUGGGCAGGCUCACCUGAUCACAGUAGACACCCUCAGUUUAUGCAUAUUACUGCCAAACUCGACAUGACUGGGGUAUGGAGCAGGGCAGAGUUCAUAUAUGUCUCCACCUCUUUGUGUCUAAAAUGUGGGGAGGCGGUUAUGAUUAUUCCCUUGUCCUCCAGGGCCUUUGGAACAUCUUCCAGCCUGCCCGCCAGUAUAAGAGGUGAGAUUGGAGAAUAGUUGUUCAAGUGAAGAGGAGGUGGGAGGCAGGAGUUGGCUACUUUUGCCCGCAUUCUCCGUUUCUGUUAACACACAAGCCCUGCUUUCGACACGGAACAGGUCGUGAUCUAGUUCAGACUUUGCUAUUUUUAAAAGUCGUCAUCCUUUCAGUAAGGUUUAUGGUGAAGGGGAGAAAUUCGAAUUCCGCACCCAUAGCUUUGGGAUUCUCCACUGGACAGCCGUCCUCUGCGUGACCCACAUUGCAAAGAACAGGAGCCCUACGAGGUCUUUUGAUUUCCCUGUUCACUUUAGCAGGACUUGUGUGUAGGUGAACGUGCAGAGAGAGCUGGCCCUAGAACAGCAGAAAAGAGCAAGAGUCCAGUCA